CUUUCCCCCUACUUUUUCUACUUUCCCAACACAUUUUUUUCUCCAUCCCAAGCUUUGGAAUUUCCCUAAUACCAUUCCCAUUGUCUUCUCCUUCUGUUUCUUUCUUCUUCAAAAUUCUUUCUUCUAUUCUACUUUUCUUUGCCAGCUUCAGUUUCUUGAACAGCUGGUCUGCCUCGGAUUUGGUUGGUUUUGAAAUCUUGAAAGGGCAUGUAGAGAAUACAGAAAGAUUGCAUUUUUAGUCUUUAUCUUAUUACCCAUUUCAGUUUCUUGUCUUUUUUUUUUCUACUGUUGUAUUUUGGGUCUGUAAAUAACGAGUAGUGAUAGUUGUUGAGGGAUUUCACUUUUCCUUGUCAGCUUCAAUUUCUGCAUACUAUUUCUGUGUUAGGUUAAUUUUUGAAAUCUUAAAGGGGUCAUUUGACUGAUUCAGCAAGAUGGGGUUUUAGUUCUUACCCAUCUCAGUUCUCUCUGUUUCACAACUGUAUGAUAGUUGUUGAGGGAUUUCACUUCAGCGUUCUGCAUCGGAUUUCUAGGUUUUGUGUACUUUUGGAAUCUUCAAAGGGGGCGUGUAGCUGAUUCAUCACGAUUGGAUAUUAUCCAUCUAAUUGUUGAGGGUGCUCUGAUUUUUUCUCUCAAAAUGUCGCCGGAACUGGCGACGGUGGUUGAUGAUGGAGUAGAUUAUUGCUUUGCUAUGGAGUACGAUGGUCCACCUAUAACCCACCAUCUUCCACGGGCAGUACCCAUCAAUGUUGAUAGGAUUCCGGUAGCCACUGUAGUUUCACAGGUGCCAUUAUCCCAUAAGUUAACUUUACCAGUUGUUCAACCUAUAUCAGCUACAGAUAUAACCAAGAGAUUUUCUAAAGAUUUGAAGCGUAGUUCGGAAUCAACCGUGUCUCCCACAUCUGUUAUAGCUUUUCAGAGGGUGGAUGAAGACGAUUCUGCUAGCAAAGAACUAGCUUUAGGCUCAGAGACUACAUUGUCCCCCAGCUCUGUUACUGCACUUGAGGAGAGAGUUCAUAGUAAUAGGGCGUCUGGUCUUUCAGGUCAGUCCAGUAGUUCUAGCCCAUUGGAGAGGUGUAAUGGUGAUGAGAGUGUAGGUGAAUUUUCUGGCUUAAUCAAUGAAUCCACUGACUUGGCAUCUACCUCCAUUAGUCGUGAUCAUUCACAUGAAUUGCUGGGAAGGGUGGGGAGUUCUGGCACUUUCAGAUUUUCGAGUAGUUUUGAGAAAUCCAGAGACUUGUCAAGGAGUACACACAAUAUGAGGGCUUCGACUGGUCGUAAAGACAGAAGCUUGGAGUUCAAUGAUUUAAGCCAACCAGAUUGGGCUUCAAAUGAGUCAAUUUUGAGUCUUGAUUAUCCCUCUUCUCGUGUUUCUUCACAUAAAUAUGGGGAUAGCUUUAAUGAAACUAGUUGUGAUGUUAAACGAGCACCUGUUGUGACAUUCUGUGAUAUUGAGUCAGAGGAUGAAGAUAUUAAUGAAGAUGUUAGUGGUGCUGAGCCCGAGGUCAUUCGACCAAAGAAAGAACCUGCAGUUAAGGUGAAGAAAGGGGUGUGUUAUCGUUGUUGUAAAGGAAAUAGGUUUACUGAAAAGGAGGUAUGUAUUGUUUGUGAUGCCAAAUAUUGCAGUAAUUGUGUGCUUAGAGCAAUGGGGUCUAUGCCAGAGGGAAGAAAGUGUGUCAGCUGCAUCAGUUAUCAAAUUGAUGAAUCAAAGCGAGGCAACUUGGGGAAAUGCUCUAGGAUGCUCAAGCGGCUGCUUAAUGAUUUGGAGAUUAGGCAGAUCAUGAAAGCAGAGAAAUUGUGUGAAGUAAAUCAGUUGCCAUCUGAAUAUGUAUGUGUGAAUGGAAGACCUCUUUCUCCUGAAGAGCUUGUUAUAUUGCAGAGCUGCAUAAAUCCACCAAAGAAGCUGAAACCUGGGAAUUAUUGGUAUGACAAAGUUUCUGGUCUCUGGGGAAAGGAAGGACAAAAACCUUCACAAAUUAUCACUCCUCAUUUAAAUGCUGGAGGUCCCAUCAAGCCAAAUGCUAGCAAUGGAAACACUCAGGUCUACAUAAAUGGUCGUGAGAUCACCAAAUCCGAGCUACGCAUGUUACAGUUAGCAGGAGUACAAUGUGCCGGCAACCCACAUUUUUGGGUGAAUGAGGAUGGUUCAUAUCAGGAAGAGGGGCAAAAAAAUACCAAAGGAUAUAUAUGGGGCAAGGCUGGAAUGAAGCUGGUUUGUGCUGUACUCUCUCUUCCAGUUCCUUCGAAAUCAUCUAAUACUUGUGGAGAGCAAGUUAAUAGUGUGCUUAGUCAAGUGGUACCUGAUUAUCUAGAACAGAGGGCACUUAACAAAUUACUUUUGAUUGGAUAUAGUGGAUCUGGUACUAGCACCAUCUAUAAGCAGGCAAAAAUUCUUUACAAGGAUGUUCCUUUCUCGGAGGAUGAGAGAGAACACAUCAAACUGUUGAUCCAAAGUAAUGUGUAUGGAUACAUUGGAGUGCUGCUUGAGGGCCGUGAGCGCUUUGAGGAAGAGAGUUUGCAUGAAUUGCGAGAGGGUUCUUCGUCUUGUGACUCUGGAAUGACAGGUGAUAACACUGGGAUUGAAAAGAAAACAGUAUAUUCCAUACCUCGUAGACUGAAAGCAUUCUCAGAUUGGCUUCUCAAAAUAAUGGCCACGGGUAAUCUAGAAGCCGUUUUCCCAGCUGCAACACGGGAGUAUGCUCCUUUAAUUGAGGAGUUGUGGAAUGAUGCAGCCAUCCAGGCAACUUAUAAGCGAAGAAGUGAACUGGAAAUGCUUCAUGACAUGUCUUGUUAUUUCCUAGAGCGGGCAGUUGAUAUUUUAAAAACAGACUAUGAACCUUCAGACGUGGAUAUCUUAUAUGCUGAGGGUGUUACUUCUUCCAAUGGACUUUCGUGUGUGGACUUUUCAUUCCCAGAUUCAGAAGAUUAUGAUAAUCUUGACAGCAGUGAUCACCCUAAUUCCGUGCUCAGAUUUCAGCUGAUAAGAGUACAGGCAAGGGGGUUCAUUGAAAAUUGCAAGUGGAUUGAGAUGUUUGAAGAUGUUCGUGUGGUUAUUUUCUGUGUUGCCUUGAGUGAUUAUGAUGAAUAUGUUGUUGAUGAAACUGGGGAGAAAGUGAACAAGAUGCUAUUAACCAAGAAACUUUUCGAGAGCAUCGCGACUCAUCCAACCUUUGAUCAGAUGGACUUUCUUGUCUUACUAAAUAAGUUUGAUUCGUUUGAGGAGAAGUUAGAACGUGUUCCUUUGACUAAAUGUGAAUGGUUUGACGAUUUUCAUCCGCUCGUAAGUCGUCAUCGCUCCAAUAGCAACUCCAGCAGCAUCAACCAUAGCCCCUCUGUGGGCCAGUUGGCAUUUCAUCAUGUUGCAGUAAAAUUCAAGAGGCUCUUUUCUUCUCUCACUAACAAGAAGCUGUAUGUUUCACUAGUGAAAGGUUUAGAGCCAAAAACGGUGGAUGAAUCGCUCAAGUAUGCAAGGGAGAUAAUCAAGUGGGACGAAGAGCGGUUAAACUUCAGCUUGAGUGAGUACUCAUUUUAUAGCACUGAUGCAAGUUCUUUCUCACCUUGAACACAUGAGAGCUUCAAAAGUAUUCUUUUUUGAAAGAAAAGUUAUGUCCAUAAGAUGUGUUACUUGUAGAUAUUGAUAUGUUGGUAAAAGAAGAGAACAAAGCAGAGUUGACGACCAGAUGACUGAGGCGUUUGCCAAUGGAUGAGUAAAAUCACUUAUUUUAACAGAAUAGGCUUGUAAAUGGCUAAUCUGGUAGGUUCUUUUGUGCAAUUAAAGAACAAGAAAUAUAUAACUUUUUCUUGGCAAUUUUUUGUAAUAUACUGUAGUAUGUAGCCCUCGGUGAUGGUGAUGAAAUUGUAGAAUAUAGUAUUUAAUCAAAUUAGAGUGGAAAAUGCUUGCUAAUUAAA